AUGCGGGACACAUUGGGAUUGGAAUUGGGCGCCAAUCGGAUUUUUCCUGACGGAGUGUACGGGUACGCUCAAUAUGUUGACAGUAUUCUGUGGGACGGACGUGCUGACGGAUUUUGUGAUUAUGCUUAUGCCUGUGCCGAUCAUUUGGGGGUUGCAGAUGUCGGCCAAGAAGAAGAUUGGGGUCACGAGUGUGUUCAUGGUUGGAAUAUUGAUAAUCCUGAUUUCAUUGCCGGUUUCACGCUGUUUAUCCUUUGGUCGGAGAUGGAGGUCAAUGUGGCGAUGAUUGUCUGUUGCAUGCCGGUCUUUGGACCUGUUCUUGGCCAAUGGCGCGAAACGUUGUACCAUCAUUAUGGUCACUCAGAGGAAGGCGAGUUCGGUCUCCUUCGACAUUCGGCCUCGGCGUCGACGAAAGAGGGGGAGACACACCUCACCACUCUCAGCACUUUCGGCGGCUCCGAUGCACACCAUGAACAGGGCGGUUACGAAGCAAGAUUGGACGAUCCAUAUCGGUAA